GGAGGCUUCAUCCCACCAUCAGCACAUCUUCCAUCGCCAACCCCCACCACAUCCACCGCAACACCAUCGCUUCUCCCCAAACCACGGGCCCACCCUCUGCGGCCGGGAUCCGCAAAAGAGGCCACGGUCCUGGAGUAUAUCGACAAGAAGCUUUUGACCAUCAGCCGCCGGCACGCUAAGAAGUUCAGCGGGGCUUUUAUUACACCGGAGUCCGAGUCGGAAAGGGGUUACGAGAGCUUUAAGGAAGUAGCGAAAGACUUUGAGGGUUUGGUGGAUGUUUUGUGGGUUAGUGGGACUCCUUCAUUACAGAUCCCCUACCUGAUCUCGUUGGCCGUCCAGGUCAACUCUUAUCUACCGGAUUAUCCAUUCGCGGCGAAGGCGACGUUCCGGUUGCUGCGGAAGCUGGACUCGGUCUUUGCGUCGCUCCUUCUGGGGGAGGAUGUGGACUCCGGGGCGCCGCUGCCCGGGUUUGAGGCACGGACUAACGUCGUCUCGAUGACGGAGAAGGUGCGUAUCAAGAGUAUUGCGGAGACCUGUCGGGUUGUGGUUGUGGAGGCGAGGGAGCAGGAGGACCUUGGUGAUGAUGAUGAUGACGGUGGGAGGAAUGGGUUUGAGGAUAGUAGUGGGAACGAUGAUGAGGAUGAUGAUGAGGAUGAGUUGAUGGAUGAUGCGUUGGGGAUGGAUGAGUAUCCGAUCCCCGGGAGGUGGGAGAUGGAAACGGCCAAGGUGUAUGAGAAGACGAUUCAAUUGCUUGGGGAUGAGUUGGGCCAGGCAGAUACUGGGGAGUUCUGUGAUACUGAUAUGGCGGCUGGAGAG